AUGACGCGUCUGAAAGGAAACACGCGGUCUCUCAUGUCGUCCAAAGUAGACAAUACCGCGAUCGAUUGGUGUUACAAAAUGACACAGCAGAGUACAAGUUUAAUGCAUCCGGAAGGCCGAACAUGGCGGAAUCAUUUCCCGAAAGGCGACCUCUGGGUCUUCGGUUACGGGAGUCUAAUCUGGAAGCCACCGCCACAUUACGACCAGCGUGUUCCGGGGUACAUUAACGGCUAUGUGCGACGAUUCUGGCAGGCUAGCACCGAUCAUCGCGGCACCCCCGAAGAGCCCGGGCGUGUAGUGACGGUCAUUGAACGGAGCUUCUGGGAGACAUUAGAUGACCCGCUAGCCCACUUGGAAUCAGAAUCCGCUUCCACAGGAAAAGUCUGGGGUGCGGCCUACCACAUCCCCGCCAGCCACGCUGAAGAAGUGCACGACUACCUAGACGAGCGCGAGAUCGACGGGUACAGCGCCCACUACACGCCCUUCCACGCCGUGUCAGGCGUGUCCACAGCAACAGCAUCCAAGAUCCCCGUUGUGGACGACAAGGCUGUGAACCAUGAUCCGAGCUUAUCGCCGAUCAUCUGCAUGGUCUACAUCGGACAACCGACGAAUCCGCAAUUCCUGCGUGACCCGGCUCGUCGCGAGCCGCAAAAUGUGGCGGCGGUGAUCAGUGCGGGACAUGGGCUGAGUGGCAAGAAUACGGAGUAUCUGUAUUUGCUGGAGAAGGCGCUUGAGGGGCUGGGGUUGGGCACUGCAGAUGUGCAUGUUACUGACCUUGUCAGGCGGGUUAAGGCUAUUGAGGCUGCGGGGAUGGCUGAGGAGGAAGAGAAGGAGGCCGAGAGGGAUGUGAAGAGGUAUUUGGAGACUGCAGCAAGGAGGACAGGGCAUGAGGGGGAGGAGGACCGGGGAAAGAUUGAGUAG